AUCAGAAAGAGAAACAAGAUUUCUUGGACAUGACGAUUGCGCAAACCUGUCCUCCUUAAAACACAAAAUCCGUACCAUUUUCGCUCAGAAAAUGAGCGCAAUUCUUGGAUAAUUACCAGGGAAAUAUUUUUAUCUGAUUGUGGGAGGUCAGCGAGUGCAUCAUGAGGAAUUUACAAUCAAAAUGUGUACUCUUAAACGGGGCUGUCUGUAUCACCUUGAAUCUGAUACUGUUGGCUACCAUCCUUGGACAAGCAGUUUCCGAGGAUGCGUACUGUUCACAAAGUGAGAUUGAUGUCUCACCAAUCAAAGACCGUGUGAUGACGGACACAGCUAACCGCAUCGUCAUCAUCGACGACGCCGUCACCGAAUGCUAUGGACGAAUUGGACGUUGGGUCUACUACAGUACGAACAACCAGCCGUUUAAACCUGGGGUAUGGCGAUUGCAAUCCGGGAACUACUGGAAGCUCGUCGGUGAGAACACGAUUCCGGGAACGACCGGUGGAUACACCAUUUAUGAUGUCGAUGCCGCUGAUAAGAUCCAAUUUCAAACCAGGUGAUAAGAUCGGGUUUCGGUUUUCGAGUCCCGCUCUUAACUACGACAAGGGAUUCGACGCCGUGGCCCACCGUUACGCCGCGAUCAGUGACUACGGCACAGCACACAGCCCUGGUUUUGUGUAUACAAUCAGUUCCACGGAUACCAAGUCCUACUCUAUCAAAGCUGUCUUUGAUGACGACGAUUUUACCUUUGAUUGUGCAUCAGAAACCCAUGGUCCUGUUGUGGGCUCAAGGUCUAGUAAUGAUGGCGGAAACUACGUCAUGGUAAUGACUAGUCUUCCAUUCGAGUGCUAUGGACAGGUCAAAGGUUGGACGUACUGGGCUGCUGGGGCCAGUGGUGGAUUUCGACCCGGUAUAUACCGUCCGAUCGAUGGUUCUACCACUCAGUUCACCCUCAUCAGCGAAACCAACAUCGAAUCAGGACAUCGCCUGAACGAAGAGGUCACAUAUCUGAUUGAGGAUGAAUCUGAGUGGCUGACCUAUAACCCCGGUGACCUGAUAGGCUGGCGAUGGAACAGUGCUGGGUCACGUCUUCGAUGGACCAGCAGCGGGACGGAGAUCAUGGUUAUGAAAUAUGCAGGCCAUGACGACACUGCUUACAGCAGCUAUGUGGUUGGAGAUACUUUCACCGUCGGCAGCGACAUGAGCAGGGCGUAUUCACUUCAAGCUAUGCUCUCACCGUUCGGAUACAAGGGAUGUUACCCUGACAACGUAGCAGAGCGUGAGAUGUCGGUAUCGGCCGGUCAUUUCUCCCUUUCCGAGAUGACCAGGAUUAAAUGUAUCUCAUCUUGCGCUCAAUUAGCAUACCCAUUUGCUGGAGUCCAACAGGGGAAUCUGUGUUUUUGCAGUAACUCAUACGGUGACUACGGGGUGGGAAACUCUACUCUAUGUGACUAUUCCUGCGAGGGUAACGAGUAUUUCACCUGUGGUGGAUUCCUCUACAACCAGAUCUUUACCACCCCAGAGGUUGUCAAAGGAUACACCCUCGAUUCAGUCGGUAAGUAGAGACACUAAUUUCAUUCAUUUUGGUAUGUUCUUUCUUACUCCUGUUAUUUUGUUUGGUAUGCAUUUGCUUUU